AUGUUAUUUAAUGACGGCGGCCAUCGAAGCAGUCGUGUGCGAUGGCCUGAUGCGGCGGCAGGUCAGGCUGGUCCGCAGCGCGACUCUUUGUCGCCAACCUCGAGGACCCAGCUGGCCAGCGUGGAGGCGGAGGUCAAGACGAUGCUCGGUCUUCGCCAUCCCAACCUGCUGCGGAUGCUUGGUGCCGUAUUCUGUCCACGCCGGCGCCUCGUCGAUCUGUUCGUUGAGUGGAUGCCAGGCGGCAGCAUUGCAAGCAUGAUUGGGCAAUAUGGCGCCUUUUCUCAAUCAGUUACUAUGGCAUACGGCGUUCAAGUCCUGCGAGGCGUAGCUUACCUCCAUGAGCACGGCAUCCUACAUCGAGAUCUAAAAGGAGCCAACCUCCUUUUGGACAGCACUGGUGCCAUAAUUAGGAUAUCGGACUUUGGCACAGCGGCGCGUGUUUACGGUGAAAAAACUAUGACCGGCCAAUUCCAGAACGAGAUAACAGGGACCUGUGCUUUCAUGGCACCGGAGGUAGUUCCAGUACAUUUAUGGCUUGUUCAGAAUAUGUGGUCUUAA